AUGAACAUAGGAAAUGUCCAGCAUGGGGACAAGAUUGUGCUAAAUGGAAAAAAAAAAAGAAACCAUUUUGCAGCUAAGUGCAUAAACACAAUAAGGAUACAAGAUCCCGCUGAGAGUGACAACGAAGAUUACCUCAACACCCUUAAUGCACUGAAUGCACCAAGUGACAAAAUGACAGCGGUAUUCUUGAUCAACGACCAGAAUGUAAGAUUUCAACUGAACACGGGAGCAGACGUAAACAUCAUUUGCAAGAGAUUCGUAAGGAAAAGCCAAGUCAGAAAAACAUCCCAAACUCUUACCAUGUGGAAUCAGUCAAAACUGAAGCCAUCGGGCAUGACUGAUAUCAUUAUGACGAAUCCGAAAAAAGGCAAGCAAGAAAAGGUGCUAUUCACCGUUGUGGACAACGGGUUGCAAUGUUUAUUGGGUUUACAGACUUGCAAAUGCUUGGGACUAAUAACUGUCAAUAAUGAAAAUUUCAUUGCACCAGUCCACUGUGAAGAAAGCAAUCUGGGAGAUUUAGGCAAAGCUCACCUCACUGUUGACGAAACAGUGGCACCAGUGGUCUCCCAGUGUCGGAAGAGCCCCCAUACUAUGAGAGAAAAAGUCAAGAAAGAAAUCGAGCUUUUGGUGAGUCGGAAAAUACUUGUCCCUGUUGACAAACCCACUGACUGGGUCAGUCAAAUGGCUUUGGUCAAGAAACCAAAUGGAAACCUCAGGAUCUGCAUUGACCCACAACACUUGAACAAAGCCCUCAAGCUAGAACACUAUAAACUUCCAACUCUAGAAGAUAUCUUACCACAAUUCAAAAAUGCCAAGAUAUUCUCCAAGCUAGACAUAAAAGAAGCCUAUUGGCAUAUCCGAUUGGAUGAAUCCUCAAGUUGGCUAACGACAAUGAUCACAGCUUUCGGUCGUUUUCGAUGGGCUCGACUUCCAUUUGGCCUAAAUGUAAGCGGGGAAAUGUUCCAAGAGAAGUUAUCCCAAGCCCUUGAGAGACUAGACGGAUGCAUCAACGUGACAAAUUGCAUAGUCCUAGCUAGAACGGCGCGGGAAGGUCUAAGUCAGUAA